AGCCAUCGCUAAUCCAACGGCCCUCCUCUCAUCACCGCAUCAUAGCGCCCAGCCGGUGCCCGCGUGAAGUCCAGCAGCGGACAGUCCACACGCGCUUCCCGUGUUUCGCAUCAUCAAACCGCAAUCCAGCGGCUGUGAUUCCCACAUCACGCCAUCACCCCCUGCUAGCCCUCCUGGACUCCCGCCUAGGGUUAGGGUGUCCUCGCCGUCCGCCACCCCCGCCCUCCGGCCGCCGUGUCCCUCCCCCCCCCCCCCCCCCCCCACCGAUCGCGAGGAUGUCGGUCGCGAGCUCGCCGGAUACCCAGAUGUACGGUCACGACGGCGCGUCCGGCGACGGCAGCGCCGGCGCCGGCGGCAUCGAGGGCGGGUCCGGGGUCGAGAUGAUGGAAGUGGCCACCACCGCCGCGGAGCCGGCGCCGGAUCAGGACCACCUUGCGGACGCCGUCGACGCGGCCGUGCCGCUCAUGAGCGCCACCUCGAACCAGCUCACGCUCUUGUUCCAGGGCGAGGUAUAUGUCUUCGAUUCCGUCACGCCCGAAAAGGUGCAAGCUGUGUUAUUACUGCUAGGAGGGUGUGAAGUACCAACUGGUAUAGCUGGCAUGGCAGUACCCUGUCACCAGGAUGACAGGGGUUAUGAUGAUAUACUACGACGAACAAAUAUUCCUGCAAAAAGGAUUGCUUCGCUGAUUAGGUUCCGGGAAAAGCGCAAAGAAAGAAAUUUUGAUAAGAAAAUCCGGUAUAAUGUCCGCAAGGAGGUUGCUCUCAGAAUGCAGCGUCGGAAAGGGCAAUUUGCUGGGAAGGCAAAUCCCCAGGAAGGGGCAUCUGCUUCAUCAAGUGUUGAUCCUGCUCGGAGCUCAACCCAAGAUGAGCCUCCUCGAGAAUCAAAGUGUCAGAAUUGUGGCAUUAGUGAAAAGAUGACACCAGCAAUGCGUCGUGGACCGGCUGGUCCUAGAUCUCUUUGCAAUGCUUGUGGACUAAUGUGGGCAAACAAGGGUACUUUGAGGAGCCCCGCUAAGGUGAAAAUGAGUAUUCGGAGCCCUGCCAAUCCAAAUGAACAUGGUGAAGCUGUGGAUUCAGAAUUCGGAACCGACCACAAAACACUUGUUGACACAUCAAACAAUCAUGACUCAGUUGUAAACACUGCUGAUAUAGUGGCGGAGGGUAUACCGGCAGGUCUGAGGCAAGACAUGGAGGAAGACCUGAAGACCGAAAUAUCUCAAACCAUUCCAAAUUUCUUUCUUCAUCCGUGCGCAUGGAUUUCAAAGCAAUCAUUGCACAAUCCAAUAGUAGAUUUAUGCGAAGGAAGGUGAAUCAUUCUUUUGUCCGAAAGAUACAAUCUUUGUCCCUUGAAGAACUCCAAUCUUGCUAAAGUAAGAGCUUCAGUGGAUAGGCCAGCACUUUAUAAGUUGUUUCUCAAUUUGAAGUCAACUGAUAUGAGAGUAGCCAAGGGCCUUUUUUGCAGCAAUUCCUGAGUUUUUCCACCAACCCCUCCCAGUCCUGCGAUUUAUUCAUGAGAAGGCGCUAUUCCGUCGGCAGCUCUGAUCCUAUUGGCUGCUUUCUUUCUUUCUUGGAGGUAGAGUGCAGCAGUAGAAUCCGCAUCUCUCGCUAUUUGUUGUAUUGGAUCUCCAUAAAGGCAGAGUUCAGUCGCAAAAUACUUUGCUUAGUUGCAAAAUAAGGAAUGAAGUAUUAUAACGCCUCCACGUUUAACUAAUAGAGAUAAUUUUCUUCAACCCCA